GUCGGCGCCAGCUGGGUCUCGGCCCAGCCGUGAUGAGCGGCGCUGGGGCUCCGGGGGAUCGGGGCCGCCUCCGGGCCUACCCCGCGCUGCCUGUCUGGGUCGUGGAGGAUCAUCACGAUGUUCUGCCUUUUAUCUAUCGUGCCAUUGGUUCAAAGCAUCUUCCUGCCAGUAACAUCAGCUUUGUUCAUUUUGACUCCCAUCCCGACCUCCUUAUUCCUGUAAAUAUGCCAGCAGAUACUGUCUUUGACAAAGAAGCUCUGUUUAGUGAGCUCAGUAUUGAGAACUGGAUUAUGCCUGUUGUUUAUGCUGGCCAUAUUUCUCAAGUGGUAUGGCUCCAUCCAAUCUGGGCUCAGCAAAUCAAAGAAGGAAGACAUGAUUUUGUAGUUGGUAAAGACGCAUCUACCACCACAAUAAGGGUUACAAGUACAGAUCAUUACUUUCUAAGUGAUGGUCUUUAUGUUCCUGCUGAUCAGCUAGAAAACCAGAAGCUUUUACAUUUGAAUGUCCUUCUAGUUAAGCCCUCUGAAACAUCCAAACAACAAGACGACAAAAAUGAAGCAUCUUCUGCUAAGAAACUGAAGUUAAAUGCAGAAGAUACAGCAAACACUGCUACUCCCACUUCAUCACAAGUACUGGAAAUUGUUGGUCAUUACUUAACAGAUGCAAAGGCUCCUGGAGAUGAAAAGAAUGCAUGUGCACAAGAUAAAACAGAAACUUUCUUAGAGUCCUCAGCUUCCUGCUCUCUUGGAAGCAAUGGAUGUAAACCUAUAGAGAUGGUUAAUGAUGUUCUUCAAGUAGUACAGAAAGGAGAUGCAUACGUUUUAGAUAUUGACUUAGAUUUUUUUUCCGUUAAGAAUCCAUUCAAAGACUCAUACACCCAGGAAGAAUACAAGAUCUUGCAAGAGCUGUACAGUUUUAAGAAGCCGAAUACCAAUUCCACAGAGGAGGACUUGUUAGACUGUGUUGAAAAUCGUAUCCAUCAGUUAGAAGAUCUGGAAGCAGCUUUUGCAGAUUUGUGUGACAAAGAUGAUGAGGAGACUCUGCAAAAAUGGGCCUCAUAUCCUGGAAUGAAACCCCUGGUUCAACUUGUGCAUAGUUUGAAAAACCGAAUGGAUACUCCCGACUAUGAAAUGGUUCAUCAGGCUGGUCUUACCUGUGACUAUUCUGAACUUCCCCACCACGUUAGCACGGAAAAGGAGAUAGAGGGCCUCAUGCAAUCUGUUAAGCAUCUUCUGAAAAACAUACCCAAACCUACACUUGUGACAGUUGCUCGAUCAAGUUUGGAUGACUAUUGUCCUUCAGAGCAAGUAGACUUCAUUCAAGAAAACGUUCUGAAUGUUCUAAGUUCAGUGUAUGGUGUUCUGGACAUUCAUUUAGAAUAUGCAGCAGAUUCAUCUUCUGUGUGAAUGGACUCUCCAUACCUUCCUCUAACUCGGCAGCAUUACGUACACAAUUCAGAUAUUCCCAUUAGAUUGCUAUGCUGUGGAAAUAUCUUGUACUGAAAGCAGUCCCAUGUCCUUUGCCCCCAGAACAACUUCCAUCUAAGCAGGAAUUGAUUAUACACAAUUUCACAGUAAGGAGGUUCCAAUAUUUUUAUGUAUAUCGCUCACUGACAUUUGCUAUCUGGAUUAUUUAACCCACCAAAACCAAUAUAUUUUUGAGUCUUAUAUUAGAUAUAUUUGAAAUGUGGGGGGGGGA